AUGACAGGAUCUCCCAUUGUAGACACGACAUCGGGCCGUCUUCAGGGAUUCACGCAUGCUGAACACAAUGUCCAUGUCUUUAUGGGCAUUCCAUACGCCAUGCCACCUGUGGGCGAUCGUCGGUACAGACCACCUGAGCCAUACAAACCAGAGGGUGACCCUGCGACUGUUCGACAAUGCUUGCAGGCAGGCCGAGCAGCGCCACAGACCCAAAUGCCCUUUGAUACCCUUAUGAGUAUCCAGAUCGACCCAGACAACCAGUCCGAGGAUUGUCUGUAUAUAAACGUGUGGACACCCACCGUUGAUCCUGCAGCCAAGCUACCUGUUCUUUUCUGGAUCCACACGGGUGCCUGCAUGAGUGGCUGUGGAGAUCAGUCGUUCUGGGACGGUACCAACUUUGCACGCAAGGAUGUGGUGGUCGUGACAUUUAACUAUCGUCUAGGUGCGUUAGGGUGGAUGACACUGGAUCAUCUAUCCAAUGAUUUUGACGGAUCUGCCAAUUAUGGGUUAUUGGAUCAGAUCGUGGCUGCUGAAUGGGUCAAAGACAAUAUUGCAACAUUUGGAGGUGAUCCCAACAACAUCACUGGCUACGGCUCAUCUGCAGGAGCAACCUGUCUAAUGGCCAUGUUAAUAUCUCCACGCGCGGGUCGAUUCUUUGAACGCGUCAUACUGCAAUCCCCACCCAUGUUCCACUUUAGUCCGCGCGAUUGGGCCAAGUUCAAGGGCGACAUUUUCAUUCGAUCCAUGGGCAUUAGCCCUGACCAACUGGACGAGUUACGAGAAGUGGAUGUGCAGACGAUAUUGGACGCACAAUCGUUCAUGACGACCUGGCCCAAUUUCUUGGAAGGCUUGGCACCUGUAGGCCCUGCAGGCGAUGACAACAAGACGCUACCGAGCUCCUUGAUUGAGUACUACUUUCACCAUCCCUUGCCAGACCACUACAAAGACUUGGACAUCAUCAUUGGCUACACGCGCGACGAAUUCAAUUUCUUUUUCCCGUUCUUGCCCAAUUUCCAAGAAAUGGACGAUACCAUGUUUGUCAGAACCUAUUUCGCCCAUGUGUUUGGUCGGAAAUAUGCACGCGAAGCAUACGAGAUAUACAAAUCCCAGAUCGUACCGCCGUUUUCACCACCUAGUGAAGUGGCGCGAUACAUGUGCUCAGAUGUCAUGUGUAGGAUAUCAGUGCUGUUGACCGCGGAAAAUCUAGUCAAACACGGCCACAAGGUGCAUUUGUAUGAAUGGCGCUACGAGUCGAACGAUGUUGAGAACAUUAUCAAGGCAGCCCAUAUGGUUGAUGCCAUUUUCUCGUGGGAUAACCUUCACUUUUGGGAAGGCAAUCCAUUUUUGGGUCCUGGUGAUGAGUAUGAACGUGAUCGGAUAGCCAAGCAAGUGUCUCAAGCUAUUGUGGCGUUUGCCAACACCGGUAGUCCCAAUCAUCAGGGUAUUCCGCAUUGGCCACUGUAUGACGUGAAUGAGCGCAAGGCUAUGAUAUUUUGGCAAUAUCAUUUUGUGUUUAGUGCGGGUCCGGACUCAGGCACAUCUGUCAGAUUCCGUUUCCUUCAUCUCAUUUCCAUUCCUCAAUAA